AUGCACAGAUUGUCUUUCCUGAAAGCUUCAGUUAGUGGGAAGUUGGCCCACAAAGGUUCUGGUGGAAUUCAGCAAUUCUACAAACUUCUGUUGACAAUAUAUUCAAAUACAUAUCCCUCUUUAAGAGAAGAUGGAUAUAGAAGUACCUUCCGCAUGCAAUAUCAGACAGCCCGCAAAUCCACCGGUGGUAAAGCACCCAGGAAGCAACUAGCUACAAAAGUCGUUCGCAAGAGUGCGCCCUCUACUGGAGUGAAGAAACCUCAUCGUCACAGGCCAGGUACUGUGGCACUCCAUGAAAUUAGACGUUAUCAGAAGUCCGCUGAACUGCUCAUUCGCAAACUUCCUUUCCAGCGUCUGGUGCGAGAAAUCGCUCAGGAUUUCAAAACAGAUCUGCGCUUCCAGAGCGCAGCUAUUGGUGCUUUGCAGGCGGCAAGUGAGGCCUAUUUGGUUUGCCUUUUGGAAGAUACCAAACUGUGUGGUAUCCAUGCCAAACGUCUAACAAUUAUGCCAAAAGAUAUCCAGCUGGCACACCGCAUACAUGGAGAACGUGCUUAA